GCCACAAGGCGAGGGGUGUGGCACUCCUCUCAACAUUGAAUAUGGAUCAAAGGACAAUACACCGUAGAUAUAAUCCUCGAGCUUGAUUGAGUACACUAAAAGCUCCAACAUUAUUACAAUGUUUAGUCGCUGGGGAUUUUCUCGACGUGCUUCUGAUAAGACUCAUCCAGAAAUCAAAAAGCAGUUUUCUGAAGUGGUGAUCAACUUCUCCAGCCAGUAUGGGUCCUCAAACACACAGAGCUACACUGCUGCAAACCUUGCUGGAGAACCAAGAAUCUACGACAAGUAUGGAGAUUUUCAAGAGGCACUUGUGCUGCGUACCUAUGGCACAUGGUGGAAAAAAUGUCCUUCUGUUCCAAAGACACUGAGAAAGACAUCAGAAAACUUUAGGAGUAUUGAUUUUGUAGAGUUGCGAUACUCCAUGAAGUUGAUUCCGUCUGCAAUCAAUGUCUACGAGACAUACAACCCUGGAGCUGUGGUAAGAAUUCUGGCCUGCAAUUCUGACCCGAAGGACAAGCACAAUCCCGGUGAAGUGAAAUGGAUCACCUUGUGGGAUGGACCUCCUCAGUGCUCAGCCGUGCCUAAACAAUCUCGAAUCUUUUCUCCACCCAUAAGGAAGAUUGAUUUUCCAACCAAUCUGCUUAGACUGGAGUUCAACAGUGAAGAGUGUGACUACUACACCGAACUGGACGCGGUAGAGAUGGUGGGAGAAGAUCCAGGAGAUUCCCGAACGAGAGUGGAUCGUGCCGAGGGUUUCCAAGUUGACGUGACUGCUCGUCUGAUGCGCCAGUUGUCACUUGCAGACAGACAGACCUCCAUUAACAGCGAAGAUGAGGAAUUUGAGAAAUGGGGGUACUUUGGAACCCUCUCUGAUGAGAUCAUUCAGUACAUCUUCAGCUAUUUGGAUGUAGUGUCUUUAUCGAGAGUGGCACAAACAUGCUCGUUGCUGUUCAAAAACGCUUAUGAUCCUCAUCUGUAUCAAGAGGUGGACUUACAGUCACAUUGGAAUACUGUGGAUGACUCGACUUUGGAGGGUCUAACUAACCGCUGCUCCCUCAUAAAGAGGAUCAGCUUGUCAUGGACGGGAGGAGGUAAACAGGUCACAGAGGGGGCACUGUGCAAUUUCCUGGAAAAGUGUGGUAGUCAGUUGGUCACUCUGAGACUGGCAUGUUGUCUGUAUGUGGGAAAGCAUGCCAUGAAAACAAUCAGGAAUGUUUGCACUGAGCUCGAAGAAUUGGAUCUUCAUCGCUGCACCAAGUUGGAUACAGAAGAUCUGAUGAACGUUUAUCUGCUACGAAAACUUCGAAGGCUAAACCUGUACAACAUGUCAUUGUCGGAGAAAUUCUUAUCAGAGCUGAGCAGCCAUUGUCCUCUGCUGGAGCACCUUAAUCUUGGGGCAGUGACUUUAAUUGAGCCACCUGGUGGACGAACGGAAACAGCUAGCAAGAAAUUGAUUCACUGCCUUUCACAGCUCAAGAACUUGAAGUCUCUUGAUUUGUGGAGGUGUCGGUUUGCUACUCCAGAAGUUCUAGUCUGUCUCAGUGAAAACUGUCCAAAUCUGGAGGAGCUCGAUAUCGGAUGGUGCCACUCUAUCUCUCGCUACAUUGACUGUACUGAUCUCCUGUGCUCUGGAUGCAAGAAGCUAAAAAAGCUUUUCCUCACAUCAAUACGAUCUGUGUCUGACGCUGACCUUGAAAACUUAGCCAGAAACUGUCGUGAUCUUGAGCAGUUGGAUAUUCUGGGAACCAGUCACGUGUCCUCUACCGGAUUAAUGAGCGUCUGCAGGAGCUGUCCUAAAUUGAUCUUCUUUGACGUCUCGUUUUGCGGUGCAAUCACAGAAACUGUUGUUACGGAGUUAAGUGCAGCAUUUCCAAAUGUGUGCUUCAAAAAGAGUUUUCAAUAAGUACAGUUUGCCAUUUUUAAACGUCGAUCUAGCUACUUUAGCUGCUGCAAUUGAGUGUCUUUUUAAUAUGUUUUGUCAGAUAUUUUCCGAUUUUACCACCAUCAUAAAAAUAGUGUGUAAUGAUUAUAGUUCCGUCAUGGCAAUAAUAUUGUGGAAUGCAUGGCGAUAGUGGAAUACAUGCAGACCCUGAUAAAUUAUUAAUUGUUGUUUUUUUACCCAUUA